UCUAAUUUCCAUACAGAGUUUGCCACGUGGCAGAACCACGUAAACAUCGCUAAACUUCUCAACCAACGCGCUAGGAUGCAAGGACGAUAAAAUUUAAUCGCUGAUAUUGCUUUUUAAUAUAAUUUUCGGUAUAAUUGAUCUCUGGAGAUUGUUGACGAAGAACCAGAAUUGUACUGCAAUGGCAUACGUUGAAGGAGGUGUGGUCAAAGCGAAACGAUCAAUAUGGAGACUAAGGACGAUAAAAGAUUUCUUCUGGUCCAUCAUUAAUCUGAUUCAAGUCUUCUUCAUAACUAUGUUCUCAAUGGAUAAAUCAGAUGCCUACAGGAAAGGCUCUGGGGCUAAGCAGUGGGAUGGUGGCCGACCUGGUGGUGGUGGUGGCGGAGGUGGUGGCGGUGGGCGCCCUGGUCCUCCUCGUGGGGGACUCGACAAUGUGCGUGGCUUGAAUGAUAUACGUGGAGCUGAUCACAAUUCUUUACCGGCAUGUGGCUCGUGCUGUGGCUGAGCCUUGUUUGUGCGAGAGCGCCCAAGAAUAAACGAAGUGACAUAUAUAUAGUGUUGAAAUGAUGCUUUUGUGUUUGAGAAAGCAAUGAACCAAGAUUAUGGUGUAUUUUGUAAUUGCUUCUAACCAAGCUAUUUGUAUUUAGACACUGCGUACAUUUGAAAUUGGAAGCUCACCUUAAUAGUUCGUAACUUACCUCCAACACAAUUAAAUAUUUGGGAAGCAAAAAAAUUGAUAUGAUCAUAGGGUCAACCUCAUCCGGUUUACAUCCAGACUUAUA